AUGUGCAAAGUCUUCCCUUCUAGCCUUGGAGAACUUGGCUUCCGAUGGUUUGACAAAUUCCCCAAUGGCUCGAUUUAUGACUGGACUCAGCUCUCUGAGGCGUUCUUAGCCCGAUUUGUCUCCAACAGCAGAGUCCCAAAGCAGUUAGAUACCUUAUUCAAUAUCCGAAAGGACAGGAAAGAAACCAUAUGCCAGUACGUGCGACGGUAUUGGGAGGAGUAUGGUGACUUGGAAGAAAAUGUUUGCAGUGAACAAUUGGCCGUGCUAUACUUCAAGCAAGGCCUACCUUCUUCGCACAAGCUAAGACAGUCGUUGACGAAACAACCUGCCCCUACCACGAAGGAUUUGAGGGCUCGAAUAGAGCAACAAGCUCGUGUGGAAGAUGACGCUGCUUCAGUACAUGUUGCGGUCGCUGAAGAAGAAGUCAGACCGCCUCGACCGCCUAAGACUAAGCAGCCAAGGAGGGAUGAGCAGCGCAAGAACUAUGGCCAAAGGAACCGCUCCACAUCAGAAAAUGAGAAGGAAAGGGCCAAGUCUUAUGAAGGCAUCACCACCGUCUUCGAAGAGCCAAUAUACAGGCUCGUUGAGAAACUUAAAGGGAAAGCCUUCUUUGUCUGGCCAGCUAAGAUGCCUGGAGACCCUGCUCGGCUCAAUCAGACACUGCGUUGCACCUAUCAUCGAGAGAAGGGACACAAGACGCAAAAUUGUAGAGCUCUCAAACAACACUUAGAGGACUUAGUUACGGCGGGACACCUCCAACAAUGGAUAGACGUUGAUAAGACGAGGGAAAAGCAAGGACUAGACCAAGCCCCUCCUGAAGAGAACCAUGCCCCGAGGUUGGCCAUCAACGUUAUCCAUGGAAUGACUAACCCCGAAAGAGAAAACACCAUUUGA